AGGUGUUUGGAAGUUAUCUGAGGGAUUCUGGCAGAGCUGCUGAACCUGCACAUCACGAUGAGAGCUUCACUCACUGCCGUCUGCCUCGCGCUCCUCCUGUCCUGUGCCUGCCGGGCCAAACCGAAUGGAUCAAAGAACAAGAAGCCAAAACAAGUCAUUCCUGCCAUAGAGUGUGAUGUCAGAGCGGGAAAGAUCAAUCUCCCAGAAUUCAUAGUGAAGUGCCCCGCCCACUGUAAGGAGACCAAGCAGCAGGUGUAUGGAACCACUGUGUACGCCUCCAUCUCCAGCAUCUGCAACGCCGCCAUCCACAGCGGGGUCGUCACGAACGCCGGAGGAAAGGUGAUCGUGAGGAAGAUGGCCGGACAGAACAUCUACAAAGGCAGCAACUCGUACGGCGUGCGCUCGCUGUCUCUGCCCAAGUGGAGGGAGUCGUUUGUUGUCUCAGUGGGGAAGCCGAAGAAAGGAGUGAUCUACCCGUCCACUCUGGACUACGUCCCCUCCAGACCCACAUACGUCAAAACAGGUCAGAAGGAGGCCAAAACCACGGCGCUGCCCACGACGACAGCACCUGAACCUACCACGACUACAACACCUGAACCCACCACGACUACAACCACCACGCCGGCUCCGACCACCACUGUACCCCCGACCCCGCCCACCACCAAGGCUCGGGCUGCGGUGCAUAAAGUCAGAGAUGCAGGCAGCAGCCACCCGUACCUCGCCUCUGUGGCCGCCGCCAGCUCAAGACAGUCACAGAGCAGCCAGGCAAAGACUCACAGCCAAGUCUUCAGAGGAAGUGCCUAUCCCAAUAGAUUCCACAACGUGCCAGUGCAG